AUGGUGCCCCUCGAGCCACAGGUCACCGUGGUGGCCACCCUGGGUGAGCUGCUGGACACCGUGCCCAGGGAGGAUGAGGAGAUGCUGAUGCUGCUCGAGUCCCCAAGGUGCCUGUACAGUGAACUGGCCGCCCUGAAGGGGACAAAUGAGGCAUCCCCUGAUGUCCCGGAGGGCUUGGUGGCCAAGGUGGCCAACGCCCGCCUGGCCAAGGAUCACCUGCUGGGAGCCUUUGAGGACUUCCUCGACUACUAUAGCACGGGUGGUCCCACCAGCCCCAGUGCCUGUGGUGAGGCUGACCGGUGCCAAAGAGCCAUCGAGGACAUCCCAAGGCUCCUUCGACCCCCAGAGUGUCCCCGGAGCGUCCCCAAGAUCUCCCCAGUGAGCAUGGAGCUCCAAGAGGUGUCCCCUCAGCAGCUGCAGGCACUGAUGGCCGUGGUGGCCACCCUGGGCAAGGUGGCGGCUGCUGUGACUUGGCCACACUGGGGCAACUCCCCAGACUUGCACGAGGACCUGAGGAGAUUCACCCAGAGCCUCCAUGCGACCCUGAACCUCAGUGAUAUCACAUCCCUGGCCCACCCUGGUGAUGUCACAUGCCUGGGCCACCCUGGUGAUGUCACAUCCCUGGGCCACCCUGGUGUUCCCUCCCUUGUGGUCAGUUAGGGGCAGGCGAUCGGAAGGUGUCGCGUUGUACGGGCAGACAGAACCGCUCCUCUCUGCUGUUAAAGUGUGUUGAGCACCACCCAGCCCCAGCUUGUGUCAGUAAUGCUGACAGUCAAUAAAAAUAGUUUUGCCAUGCAC